GUCCUUAACAACCUACGCGUGAGCCACUUUCUAUAUCUUCUGAUUAACCCUGUAACUACAUCUCUCUCACUACUUCAAAUGGAGAUAAGUAGAGUCACUUUAGAGAUAUUCUCAAAGCUGGAGAAGAAAUGGUUAUCACAUUGUGAAGGAAACAAAAAAACACGAGUGCUGAGCAUAGACGGUGGUGGAACCUCCACCACCGUCUCUGGAGCCUCGCUGAUCCACUUAGAAGAGCAGAUCCAGGCGAAAACCGGCGAUUCGAAUGCUCGAAUCGUCGAUUUUUUCGACAUUAUCGCUGGAACGGGUGUUGGAGCCGUUCUGGCGGUAAUGAUUAAUGCGGACGACGGUAACGGUCGUCCGCUGUUUACCGCCAGAGAGGCGGUAAAGUUCGUUACGGAGAGGCGUAACGAACUUUUUAAAGAGGUUUCCGUCGGUUUUUUCCGACGGAAACGGAUGUUUUCGGGUAAGAGUAUGGAGAAGGUUUUGAAACAAGUGUUAACAAGGGAGGAUGGUAAAGUUUUGACGCUAAAGGACACGUGUAAGCCGCUUCUUGUUCCGUGUUUCGAUCUCAAGAGCUCGGCUCCGUUUGUGUUCUCGCGAGCCGAUGCUUGCGAAUCGGCUAGCUUCGAUUUCGAGCUGUGGAGUGUGAUCCGAGCCACAUCGGGUGAUCCGUCAAUGCUAAAACCAUUUACUCUUUGUUCUGUGGACGCGAAAACGUCCUGUUUGGCUGUGGAUGGUGGCUUGGUGAUGAAUAAUCCUACCGCGAUCGCGGUGACUCACGCGUUACAUAACAAACGCGAGUUUCCGUCGCUCACUGGCGUGGAAGACCUCGUAGUGAUAUCAAUCGGUAACGGUUCGUUAAGCGGUUCGCCUCAUCGGAAAAUUAACCGUCACGGCGAAUGCCGUAUGUCCUCCGUCGUUGACAUUGCUCUCGACGGUGUAUCGGAUACCGUUGACCAAAUGUUAAGUAACGCAUUUUGUUGGAACCCGACGAAUUACGUCAGAAUUCAGUCAAACUGUUACAUUAACGGAAGCGUGGGACCAACAAUGGAGGAGGUGCUAACGGAAAGAGGGGUUGAGUCGUUGCCGUUUGGUGCUAAACGGUUACUAACGGAGACUAACGGACAACGUAUCGAAAGCUUUGUAAAACGACUAGUAGCUUCACGGAGGAGUAGCUUGCCACCUAGUCCUUGUAAGGAUAACGCCGUUACUCCCCUCGUUAACGGCCGGUAGUUUUUAACGGAUUCCGUCUGUUAGUUUUAAGUUAAUAUUAAACCUAUAUCGGGUUUAAUAUUAACUAUUUCCGUUACGGUGCUCAAUAAAAACGAGUUUGUCGUUAUGUGUAAUUUUUUUAAAUUUUAUUUUGUAUUUAUUUUAUUAGUGUGGAUGUUAUAGUAGUAUUAAUUGUCACCCUUGUAUUUAUUUUAUUAGUGUGGAUGUUAUAGUAGUAUUAAUUGUCA